AUGAAGACCACUCAACUAAUCUCCCUCGCUGCUCUGACUGUCUCUCUCAAUGCGCUCAAAAUCCUCGCUGAAGGGACAAUCGCGGGACGUUUCACUUCCCCUAAUACAGCAUCGUUCACCGGUAUGGCAACCACAGAUUACGAAACUUGUGCUUCUUAUUGCACCACUAAAUACGCGUGGAUCUACUAUGGUAAUUACUGCUUAUGUUCCGAUACCUACGGCACGUAUAGCAGUAGAUCACCAUAUAACCCCGAUACCUGUAUCUCCAACUACCGAGCGGCAAGUUACGUCAAGAGCACAACGUUCGAUUUCGCCAAUUGUGCUACACCCGGAUCGGUCUACUUCGAUGGAGAAGAGAACACGGAAUAUACCACGGCAACGGAUAUCAUCGACUGUUUCGGUCAAUGUAAGACAUCAAGGUAUGCUGCUCUAGCGUACGAUAACAUUCAAAGUUCGUACGUGUGCGCGAAUGGUGAUGAACUCUCAAGUCAAAUUUCGGAAUCGUGCACAACCGCAUCCACUUUGGUUUACACCCAUCCUGCAGGUGCCGCUGUCUCUGGUCUGGCACGACGAAAUGCACGAGAAGCAUUGAGAAGAUCAAGACAGGCAGCUCUUGUUCAAACUUGUCCUAAAGGUAUGACCGCUUGUGUCAUCCCUGGUUUAGAGGGAACAGAUGCUUGGGAGUGCGUUGAUACUCACAAGGACCUGGAAUCAUGCGGUGGAUGUCUACACGGCACUUACAAGAACUCUACAACUGCUAUUGGUCGAUCUUGUCAAGACCAAGAAGGUGUAUCAUUAGGAGGAACGACCUGUCAAGCUGGCAAAUGUGUAAAGUAUGGGUGCGCAUCCGGAUAUCGAUUAGUCGAUGGAGAUUGCAUUGCCGUCUAA